UUGUCAUCAACAUUGGAAGCUCCCCAGUUGAUCAACAGACACCGCCAAGGCCCAGGCCCCAGUCCACCGCUCGCUCGUAAUCUUGAAGCCUUAUGCAUGGGCGAGGCGGGGCCAGGUCACGUUUGGCUCUCAAAAUAGAAUGUCCGCACUUGAAUGUCUGUCCCUGAUCGGCCAGCUAUAAGAGAGAGCGCGCCAGGCUGUGUCUGUUGGGAUGGGGAUUCUCUGUUCCUCAAGCGCUCGCCUGCCAUCCCCUGCUUGGUCAGUUUUGUGCAGCAAAUUACAGUCCUUUUCGGUCCUUUCACUUGCCCAGCAAAGGCUCACGUCCUAGAGAAUGCGCUCCCCCAGCUUCGCCACCAUGCUGGCCGGCUGUCUGUUGACAGCCGCGCCCCUCGCCCAGGCCAGCCCCUCGUGCCCCUUCUCGCAGCAGCAAGCGCGCGAGGUUCCCAAGAGCGGCAGCCCUGCCGCCGCAACGCCCUUUGGCCGCUGCCCACAGAACAGCAACAUGGCCGGCGGCGGCACCCGCAGCACCGACUGGUGGCCGUGCCAGCUGAGGCUCGACGUCCUGCGCCAGUUCGCGCCCCAGACGAACCCCCUGGGUGACGACUUUGACUACACAGAAGCCUUCAAGUCCCUCGAUUACAAUGCGCUCAAGAAGGACCUUACGGAGCUCAUGACCAAGUCCCAGGAAUGGUGGCCCGCCGACUUUGGCCACUAUGGCGGUCUGUUUAUUCGGAUGGCUUGGCAUAGCGCUGGCACAUAUCGCGCUAUGGAUGGUCGUGGCGGUGGCGGAAUGGGUCAACAACGGUUUGCUCCGCUGAACAGCUGGCCCGACAACGAAAACCUCGACAAGGCUCGCAUGUUGAUUUGGCCCAUAAAGCAAAAGUAUGGCAACGCCAUCUCGUGGUCCGAUCUCAUGCUCCUCGCCGGCAACGUCGCGCUCGAGUCCAUGGGCUUCAAGACCCUGGGCUUCGGCGCCGGCCGGGCCGACACCUUCCAGUCGGACGAGGGCAUCUACUGGGGCGCCGAGACCACCUUCGUGCCCAAGGGUAACGACGUGCGCUACAACGGCAGCGUCGACGCCCGCGGGCGCGCCGCGAACCUCGAGAAGCCCCUGGCCGCCACCCACAUGGGCCUCAUCUACGUGAACCCCGAGGGCCCCGACGGGAACUCCAAGCCCGAGGACUCGGCCCUCGACAUCCGCACCGCCUUUGCGCGCAUGGGCAUGAACGACGAGGAGACCGUGGCCCUCAUCGCCGGCGGCCACGCCUUCGGCAAGGCCCACGGCGCCGUGCCGGGGGGGGACAACAUUGGCCCCGAGCCCGAGGCCAACGACAUGGGCAUGGGCCUCGGCUGGAUCAACAAGGUCAACAAAGGAAACGGCCCCGAUACGAGGACUAGCGGCCUCGAGGUCGUGUGGACCAAGACUCCUACCAAGUGGAGCAAUGGUUUCCUCGAGAGCCUGUACGGCAACCAGUGGCAGCUCGUCACCGGCCCCGGCGGCGCCAAGCACUGGGAGGCUGUCAACGGCACCGUCGACUACCCCGACCCGUUCGACAAGACCAAGUUCCGCAAGGCCACCAUGCUUACUAGCGACCUGGCCCUGAUCCGGGACCCGGCCUACGCCAAAAUCACCAAGCGCUGGCUCGACAACCCCCAGGAGCUGAACGUUGCCUUCGCCAAGGCCUGGUUCAAGCUCCUCCACCGCGACAUGGGCCCCCGCUCCCGCUACCUCGGCCCCGAGGUGCCCAAGGAGGAAUUUCUCUGGCAGGAUCCCGUCCCUGCCGUCAACCCCUACGGCAUUAGCGACGCCGACGUCGUCUCGCUCAAGCAGCUGGUCCUGGCCGCGCCCGGCCUGACCGUGUCGAACCUCGUCUCGACCGCCUGGGCCUCCGCCUCGACCUUCCGCCACUCGGACAAGCGCGGCGGCGCCAACGGCGCCCGCAUCGCGCUGCAGCCCCAGCGCACCUGGGCCGUCAACAACCCCAAGGAGCUCGACACCGUCCUCAAUGCCCUCAAGGCCGUCCAGACCGACUUCAACAGCAAGGGUGGCAAGCAGGUCUCCCUCGCUGAUCUUAUCGUCCUUGGCGGUUCGGCUGCUGUCGAGAGGGCCGCGCACGAGGCCGGCCUGCCCAACAUUUCCGUCCCCUUCUCCGCCGGCCGCACCGACGCGACCCAGCAGCAGACCGACGUCGAGUCCUUCCGCUUGAUGGAGCCCGUCGCCGACGGCUUCCGCAACUUCGGCCGCGGCAACUCGCGCUCCCUCACCGAGGAGAUCCUCGUCGACCGCGCCUCGCAGCUAGCCCUGACCCCGCCGCAGCUGACGGCCCUCGUCGGCGGCCUGCGCGUCCUGGGCACCAACUCUGACGGCUCCAAGACGGGCGUCCUGACGGCGCAGCCCGGCAAGCUGACCAACGACUACUUCGUCAACCUGUUGGACAUCAACACCGUCUGGAAGCCCGCUAGCGCCGGCGACAAGGAGGUCUGGAAGGGCACCGACCGCGCUAGCGGCGCCGAGAAGUUCACCGCCACCCGCGCCGACCUCGUCUUCGGCUCGCACGCCGAGCUGAGGGCCAUCACCGAGGUCUAUGCCCAGAAGGACUCGGGCGAGCGCUUCGUCCGCGACUUCGUCAAGGCCUGGGUCAAGGUCAUGAACGCGGACCGCUUCGACCUCGGAUCCAAAUUUGCGAGCAAGAAGUAAUGAAUGGGUCUAAAAGACCACUGGUGAUUCUUCUUUUCUUUUCUUCCCGGGUCGUACCCGGCUAUUACCAUUUUAACUAGGCGGAUUUUAGACAGACGGUUUGGCAGUACCUUUAUCUCUUUUGUACUUAUUUACAUGAAUGAUUACUACGGACAUGCAAUCCAAGUUUAUUACAUCAACAAUCUUUGAGAAAUGCUUCCAUUUUGUCUUACCAUAAUGCCCAAUUGAUUACGUAGAGGUGGUGUGGCCAUAGACAAACACUGCAGUGUGCAACAACUGCUUCUGUACCUGU